CCACAGAACAUAAACAGAUGUCACAUGAUUUCGAGGGUUUUUUCCCAGCAUGGCGGCCGGGUCGCAGCAGCUGGCUGUUUCCCUCCUGUUCAUCGUCAGUGGUGUUUUAAGUUUUCCUCUUGGCCAGGAAACCAAAGAGAGUGGCACUUGCGGCUACGAGUCAUGUCAUGCCACCAAGCCCAACAUGCUGAAUGUCCACCUGGUCCCUCACACACAUGACGAUGUCGGCUGGCUCAAGACUGUUGACCAGUACUACUAUGGAGAUCGUAAUGACAUCCAGCAUGCGGGGGUGCAGUACAUCCUGGACUCAGUGGUGGAUCAGCUGUUGAAGAAUCCGGACAGGAGGUUUAUCUAUGUGGAGACGGCGUUCUUCUACCGCUGGUGGAAACGGCAGAGCGCCAGCAUGCAGCAGACAGUCAAACAACUGGUUAAUGAAGGCCGUCUGGAGUUUGUGAAUGGCGGCUGGUGUAUGAGUGACGAGGCCACAACCCACUACAGCGCCGUCAUCGACCAGAUGACCAUGGGCCUGAGGUUCCUCAAUGACACUUUUGGGUCUUGUGGUCGCCCCCGUGUCGCCUGGCACAUUGACCCUUUUGGCCACGCCCGCGAACACGCCUCCAUGUUUGCGCAGAUGGGGUAUGACGGCCUCUUCUUUGGCCGUCUGGACUACCAGGAUCGGGCUCGCAGGAUGUCCAAGAGGGAGCAGGAGCUUCUGUGGAGAGCCUCAGACAGCCUCACAGCCCCCGUGGCUGACCUCUUCACCGGCAUCCUUCCCAACGGGUACAACCCUCCUACAGGGUUCUGCUGGGACCAGUCCUGUGAUGACCCACCAAUCAGAGACGACCCUGACCUGGAGGACUAUAAUGUCGAUGAUGUGGUGAAGCGCUUCAUGACCAUCGCCAGCAAUCAGGCUACGGUGUAUAAGACCAAUCACAUUAUCAUGACCAUGGGCUCAGACUUCCAGUAUGAGAAUGCCAACCUGUGGUACAAGAACCUGGACAAGCUGAUCCACUACGUCAACGCCCGGCAGGAGAAUGGAAGCAAAGUCAACGUGCUCUAUUCUACCCCGUCCUGUUACCUCCAGGAGCUGCACAGAGCAAACCUCACCUGGGCUCUGAAGACAGAUGAUUUCUUCCCCUAUGCAGACAACGCUCAUGAUUUCUGGACCGGCUACUUUACCAGCCGACCAGCACUGAAACGUUAUGAGCGGAUCAGCAACAGCAACCUGCAGACGUGUAACCAGCUGGAGGUACUUGGUGGUCCGGUCUCCAGGAAGGGACCCUUUGGGGAGGGCGACAGCCAGACCAUGAAGAAAGCCAUGGCGGUGGCUCAGCACCAUGACGCAGUGUCAGGCACAGAGAAGCAACACGUAGCAAAUGACUACGCUAGGAGGCUAGCUAACGGCUGGCAACGUUGUCAGGUUUUGGUCAGUAACAGUCUGGCCGCUCUGAGUAAUUCGGCUGCUGAGCGAAUCUACUGUGACAACCUCAACAUCAGUGUGUGUCCCCUCACUGAGUCCAGCAAAAAGUUCUCAGUCAAUGUUUACAACCCUCUUGCUCGCCCCGUGACUUGGCCGGUCAGGCUCCCCGUAAAUGGAACAGCAUACGUCAUAUCAGAUGCUGAAGGCAAAUCUGUGGACUGCCAGGUGGUUCCAGUGUCCACAGCCACCUGGGAGGUGAGGAGAAACAGAGGCUUAGCUGUCAACGAGCUGGUGUUCCAGGUUCAGGCUCCUCCUCUGGGCUUCACCACCUACUCCGUGUCCCUGCUUAAGGACGGGCCUCCACCUGCCAUCACACAGCACCAAACUCCCAAAGCCAUCCAGAACAAGUUCCUACGUGUGACCUUUGAUCCCGACACCGGCCUCUUGAGUAGCCUCAGCAACCUGGAGACCAAACAGACCAUCAAACUGACACAGAAUUUCUACUGGUACAACGCCAGUGAUGGUAACAACUCAUUGAGUAUCCAGCCUUCAGGUGCCUACAUCUUCAGACCCAACUCCUCCACACCUUUCAUCGUCAGCAGGACGGCCAGGACAGAGAGCAUUCAGACCUCUUGUGUGCAGGAGGUGAGGCAGUGGUUUGCUCCCUGGGUGUCUCAGGUGGUUCGACUCUACUCUGACAGCAGAGCUCUGGAGCUGGAGUGGACAGUCGGACCGCUGCCCAUUGAUGAUGCUCUGGGGAAGGAGGUGAUCACUCGUCUAGACACCAGCAUCAACACCGAAGAAUAUUUCUACACUGAUUCCAACGGCAGAGAGGUGCUGCAGAGAAAGAAAGAUUUCCGGCCCACUUGGAACCUAAAGCAGUCGGAGCCCAUUGCUGGAAACUACUACCCCAUCAACUCCCGUGCUUUCAUCAAGGAUGACGUGGACCAACUCACUGUGGUGACUGAUCGCUCUCAAGGAGGAGGCAGCCUCCAGAACGGUUCUCUGGAGAUCAUGCUUCACCGCCGGCUGUUAUACGAUGAUGUUCGCGGCGUUGGGGAGCCCCUCAACGAGACGUCGGACAUAUUCCCAGAAGGGCUGGUGGUCCGGGGCCGUCUCCUGCUCUCCCUGGACCGGCCGCCCACCGCAGCUGACGCACACCGCCCCCUGGCCCAGGAGGUGGUACAGCAGCCGCUGCUGACAUUCAUUGAUGGAGAUCUACAUCCAAAAACUCGACUGGAGUUUUCUGCGCUGCAGGCUGCGCUGCCCCCUGCUCUCCACCUGCUCACACUGACACAGUGGGACAAAGACUCGGUGCUGUUGAGACUGGAGCAUCAGUUCCAGAGCUGGGAGAGCAAACUGAACUCACAGCCUGUCACUGUGAACCUGCAGAAGCUGUUUUCCACUCUUGAGGUGCUGGGCGUGUCUGAACUAAACCUGUCAGCCAAUCAGUGGAAAGAUGAGAUGACACGUUUUCAGUGGACACCAGAGACAGGUGAGAGGCUCCUGCUGAAAACGUUUGAAGACCCCUCCAUGUGGGAGGUGACCUUGAGGCCAAUGGAGAUCCGAACCUUCCUCCUCAGAGUCAGCCUCAGAUAAACAAAGGGUUUCUGUUCACAAAGAACGUGAGGAUGUGUUCACACAGCUUAUGGUUUUGUGUGAACAAAGGGAUGGACAACAUACUAAAUCAAAUCAACCCUGUGGCCAGAUAUACCUGGGCUGGGAUUCCAGAGAAAGAUCAAGAUUUUGUUCUACUUUUACAAAGAAAUAAUCUAGAGCUUAAGUUUUUGGAAACCCAGCUGUGAUUUUUAAUUGCAUGUGAGCAAGUCUUCCCUCAUGGCUUUCCAAACAGAAAAAAAAAAUCUGCUUAUUUUCCACUUAGUGACAGUGAGUGUCUGAACAUGUUUCUCCUUUGAGACAGAAAGUACUGUACAGAAUUUGCCGAAGCUGCCUUUUGUACUGCAGACACAUCAAUAAUACUAAAUCCCAGAUUAGCAGAUUUUUUCCAGUUCAUGCACUUCCAAUAAACACACAAAUCCUCAGACAUUUCCUUUCUACAAAUAAAACUGGUGCCAACCUCUACUGCCUGAAGUGCGCAAUAUUCGCACAGCCUUUGUAUUUCUGCCAAUGUGUGUAUAGUUUGAAAAUGAUUUUAUACCGAUCAUCAUUCACCUGAUUAAAAAAAGUCUGUAAUUCUUA